CGGUACCUGCCCGCCCCCAGCCGCCGCGCCCGGAGGAUGCAGACACCCGGGCGAGCCGGGAGGAUGGAGGCCGGGGAGGCAGCGCCGCCCGCGGGGAUGGGCGGCCGCGCGGCGGGCGCCUGGGGCAAGUGGGUGCGGCUCAACGUGGGGGGCACGGUGUUCCUGACCACCCGGCAGACGCUGUGCCGGGAGCAGAAGUCCUUCCUCAGCCGCCUGUGCCAGGGGGAAGAGCUGCAGUCGGACCGGGAUGAGACUGGGGCCUACCUCAUUGACCGUGACCCCACCUACUUUGGGCCCAUCCUGAACUUUCUCCGGCAUGGCAAGCUGGUGCUGGACAAGGACAUGGCUGAGGAGGGUGUCCUCGAGGAAGCCGAGUUCUACAACAUUGGCCCGCUGAUCCGCAUCAUCAAAGACCGGAUGGAGGAGAAGGACUAUCCGGUCACACAGGUCCCCCCCAAGCACGUGUACCGCGUGCUGCAGUGCCAGGAGGAGGAGCUCACGCAGAUGGUCUCCACCAUGUCCGACGGCUGGCGCUUCGAGCAGCUGGUGAACAUCAGCUCCUCCUACAACUAUGGAAGCGAGGACCAAGCAGAGUUCCUGUGCGUGGUGUCCAAGGAGCUCUAUAGCUCCCCGCACGGGCUGAGCUCGGAGUCGAGCCGCAAAACCAAGAGCGCCGAGCAGCAGCUGGAGGAGGAGCGGCGGCAGGAGGAGCAGGUGCAGGUGCAGGUGGAGCAGGUGCAGGUGGAGGCAGAUGCACAGGAGAAAGGUUCCCGUGCGCCCCUCAGACCCGAGGCCGCGCUGGCCGUGAGGGCUCCUCCUCGGCCCCUCGCCCGCCCCCAGAGCCGCCAUCCCUGCUGUUACAAGCCAGAGGCACCCGGAUGUGAGGCCCCAGAUCACCUCCAGGGACUUGGGGUUCCGAACUGAAAUCCUUUAUUUUUGUACCUCGGGGUGGGCCCCCGGCUCCAGGCAGAGGAAACACCCUCCCCCCUGCCACUUCUGUCUACACCUGUGGGGCUCUGAAUUCCCCCCACCUCUGGGGACCUCUCAAGGCCUGAGGUGGGCCCUGGGACCCCUGGGCAGAGCCGCCUGCGUGUGGCCCAAGUGUGGCGCUGUCCAGCUGUGUUUCCCACGCCCCCGUGGUCCCUCCCCCGGGUCCCCUAGCUGCAUGAACGAUACCCUCCCCCCUGACCCAGUCACAUCUCCUCCCUGAGCCUUAGUCUCCUCGUCUGUCAAAUGGGCUCGCUCUCCCCGCCGC